CCAUUUUGUCAGCCAUUUCCUACCCUGGUCCGCUGCAGAUCAGCACUUACAGAAAGAGCGAAACCCUUCCUGCACAGGCCGCUGUUCGGGACUGAAUGAGUGACUAGCGCUCCAGCGGGCCGGUCAGUACUCACAUAAAGCCCGUGUUCGCGGUUCGGUCCGGUAGGACAAGUGGGAAAUCAUCAUGGCUCUGAAAAUUGUGAAGGGAAGCAUCGAUCGGAUGUUCGAUAAAAACCUGCAGGAUUUAGUACGUGGCAUUAGGAACCAUAAGGAAGAUGAGGCCAAAUACAUCUCUACAUGCAUCGAUGAGAUCAAACAAGAACUCAAACAGGACAACAUCGCUGUUAAAGCCAAUGCAGUCUGCAAGCUCACCUACUUGCAGAUGCUUGGCUAUGAUGUCAGUUGGGCUGCGUUCAACAUCGUGGAGGUGAUGAGCUCCUCCAAAUUCACGUACAAGCGAAUUGGCUACCUUGCAGCAUCACAGUGCUUUCAUGAGGGCACUGAUGUCAUCAUGCUGACGACCAAUCAGAUCCGCAAGGAUCUCAGUAGUCCUCACCAGUAUGACACCGGCGUGGCCCUGACUGGCCUUUCCUGCUUCGUGACCCCUGACCUUGCUCGUGACCUGGCCAAUGACAUCAUGACUUUGAUGUCCCACACUAAGCCGUACAUUCGCAAGAAGGCAGUGCUGAUCAUGUACAAAGUGUUCCUGAAGUAUCCCGAGUCCCUGCGACCUGCAUUCCCACGCCUCAAAGAGAAGCUGGAGGACCCAGAUCCCGGUGUCCAGUCAGCAGCUGUGAAUGUCAUCUGUGAACUGGCCAGAAGAAAUCCCAAGAACUACCUUUCCCUGGCACCCCUGUUCUUCAAACUCAUGACCUCCUCCACCAACAACUGGGUUCUCAUCAAGAUCAUUAAGCUGUUCGGUGCUCUCACUCCUUUGGAGCCUCGUUUGGGAAAGAAGCUGAUUGAGCCUCUAACAAACCUCAUCCACAGUACCUCGGCCAUGUCACUUCUCUAUGAGUGUGUCAACACGGUCAUAGCAGUGUUGAUCUCGCUGUCCUCUGGGAUGCCCAAUCACAGUGCUAGUAUACAGCUCUGUGUGCAGAAACUGCGAAUCCUGAUUGAAGACUCGGACCAGAACUUGAAGUACUUGGGUCUUCUGGCCAUGUCCAAGAUCCUGAAGACGCACCCCAAGUCCGUGCAGUCGCACAAGGACCUGAUUCUGCAGUGUUUGGACGACAAAGAUGAGUCCAUCCGACUGAGAGCUCUGGAUCUGCUCUAUGGCAUGGUCUCGAAGAAGAACCUGAUGGAGAUUGUGAAGAAGCUCAUGCUGCAUGUUGACAAAGCGGAAGGCACCACUUACCGAGACGAGCUGCUCACCAAGAUCAUCGACAUCUGCAGCCAGAGCAACUACCAGUAUAUCACCAACUUUGAGUGGUACAUCAGUAUCCUGGUCGAACUGACUCGUCUGGAAGGUACAAGGCACGGCCACCUAAUCGCCUCUCAGAUGCUGGACGUCGCCAUCCGUGUCAAAGCCAUCAGAGGCUUCGCCGUGGCUCAGAUGGCCACUCUGCUGGACAACGCACACCUGCUGACCGGCAACACGCAGCGCAACGGGAUCUGCGAGGUUCUCUACGCUGCUGCGUGGAUCUGCGGAGAGUUCUCAGAGCAUCUGGAAGACCCCAUGCAGACACUGGAGGCUAUGCUGAGGCCCAAAGUGGCCACCCUGCCCGGUCACAUCCAGGCGGUGUACGUACAAAAUGCUGCCAAGCUGUUUGCGACCGUGUUGCGAAAGCACGAAGGGGAGACGGACAGCCAUGCUGCGCAGGAGACCAGCCAGCUGCUCAUAGACAGACUGCCCCUCUUCGUCCAGAGUGCCAACCUGGAAGUGCAGGAGAGGGCGUCCUGCAUCCUCCAGCUGGUGAAGUACAUCCAGAAGCUGCAGCAGAAGAAGGUGGAGGUGGCAGAGGAAGUGACGGCUCUCUUCGCUGGAGAGCUCAAUCCCGUGGCCCCCAAGGCCCAGAAGAAAGUGCCUGUACCAGAAGGUCUGGAUUUGGAUGCCUGGAUCAAUAAGCCUCCGUCAGAGAGCGAGUCUGAGGACGAGAAGCCCAAAGCGGUGUUCGCUAAAGAGGAACCCAAGCAUUCCAGAUCAAGACACACUGAGGUGGACGAGAAAGAGUUGGCCAGGAGGAGGGAAGCCAGGAAGCGGGAACAGGCCAACAACCCAUUCUACAUCAAGGCCUCGCCAUCAUCUCAGAAGGUGUAUGACGCUCCAGGUGUAGAACACAUUCCGGUGGUGCAGAUCGACCUUAGUGUGCCUCUUAAAGUCCCAGGGAUGCCCAUGUCCGACCAAUACCUGAAGCUGGAGGAGGAGCGCCGGCAGAAGGAGAAGGCUGAGAGAAAGAAGGAGAAAAAGAAAAAGCGGGAGAAGCGAGGGAAAGAGAGGAAGGCGGAUUCAGGUCCUGAGAGCGAGGAAGACAUAGCGCCCGCUCACCAGGUGGACAUAGUCACAGAGGAAAUGCCAGAGAAUGCCUUACCGAGUGACGAUGACGAUAAGGAUCCCAAUGACCCUCAUAAAGCUCUGGACAUCGAUCUGGACAAGCCGCUUGCAGACAGCGAGAAGCUUCCCGUGAGGACCCACCGUCCAGAGGUGCUGAAGAGCCCUGCCGAGGACAGAGUCAAUGAGAGCAUCCCGCAGGAGACCAAGAAGAGGAGCGGUAAGGAGAAGAAGGAGAAGAAGAAAGGCAAGGAGAAGGACAGGAAGAGGAGCAAAGAGGAAAAGAAAAAGAAGAAACAUAAAGAAGUGGAGGAGGAGCUUCUGGAGUCCCACCCAGAAGAGGCCGUCCAAUCAGAGGAGACCAAAGAGGCGGCAACCCCGCCCACAUCCACAUCUGCUGAGGCCUCGGAACUGGAUUUCUGGCUCUGUAGCGCUCCUGUUCCUCCCGCCGCCCAGGAGGAGACGGCGCCCUCGUCUGCUGCUGCUGUGGACACGAGCUCUGCGGCCGCCCCAGAAUCUGAGCCUGAUGAGCCUAAAGACGCAGAACCAGAGGACACGAAAUCCUCUAAACACAAGAAAAAGAAGCAGAAGAAAGAAAAGGAGGAGAAGGAGAAGAAAAAGAAGAAGAGACACCACCACCAUCAUCAUCACAGUAACGCCGGUGGGGAGGAUUCAGUGCAAAACGGCACCGUGGAGGAAGAGGAGCCUCUGCCGCCCAUGUCCAAUUACUUUCUGCUGGCCGAGAACUCCUACAUCAAGAUGAUGAAAGAAGAUGCUGAUCAGGUGUACGACAUCCAGGGCAACCAUCAGGAUGAGAGCAAAGUUGUGGUGUCGGUCAUCUUUGAGAAUAAGAGCGACAGCUUCCUCAAGUCAAUGGAGUUCAAUGUGCUGGAUUCCCUCAACUCCAAACUGCAGCGGCCGGAGGGAGCCGGAGCUCACGACAGCCUCACCGUUCCCUUCCAACUGCCACCAGGGAUUUCAAACGAGGCCCACUUCGUGUUCUCAGUGCAGAGUAUUGUCAUGCCUCAGAAACUAAAGGGAACCCUCACCUUCAUAGUUAAGUCGGACGAAUCCUCCACUCAUGAGAAACUGGACUUCAAACUGCACUUUACAUGCACGUCAUACCUGAUCACCACUCCCUGUUACCUUUAUGACGCAUACGCAAAGCUGCUGGAGUCGGGCGACCUGAAGGGCAGCUCUCUACGGCUAGAGGGGAUCAACAUGCCCUUCCACCACCUGCUGGCCAGGAUCUGCUUCCACCAUCACUUCUCCGUUGUGGAGAGGAUCGACUCCUGCGCCUCCAUGUACAGCAGGUCGAUCCAGGGUCACCACGUCUGUUUGCUGGUCAAAACCUCCGAUCAGACCGUCUCCAUCGACGCCAAGUGCGACGAGCCAUCGCUGCUGGGGAAUGUGCUGGAUGAGAUCAAGCAGACCUUCUCGAAAUGCUGAUUGUGUCUGAGAGACCCCUCGCCACCCUGAAACCCCCUGAAGCCCCAUCCCAGUGCAGCCCGUCCGGCUGAACCACACGCUCAGAAUCAUAUAUCGCACUCUGAGACUCGUGUCCUUCCUCUUCCUU